AUGACCAGCUCGAGUCCCGACAUGGCGCUGGUCAAGGUACCCGAGAAGACCAUUCAAGACCGCUCCUCCAUUCCCAACCCCGUGGUCGUACUCCAGGCGGCUUCCAGGGCACGGCAGGACCAGGGUGUUCAGCUGUACGAGGUGCAGGAGCAGGUGGCAGGCCUCCAGGCCUCGCUGUCCCGCCUGCAGGCCUCGGCCGCGCAGGCGGCCCAGGAGCGGAGCCGGGAGGAGGUGGCCCUACAGCAGGCAGAAGCCGAGCUCGCCUCCGCCAAGAGGGCGCAUGCGGAGCGGGACGGCGGCACGGCGGCGCUCCGCGCCGCCCUGGCCGCCACGGAGGUCGCGCGGCGCUCGGCCGCGGGGGACGCCCAGCGUGCACAGCACGAGGCGGGUGCGACGCUGGAGCUGGCGGCGGCGCGGCGGGAGCUCGCGGGGCUGCGGCGGGCGUGUGUGGAGGCGCGGCGUGAGAUCGGGGUGCACGCUGCGCGCGCUGCUCGUGCCUCCGCCAGGCAGGAGGGUCCGGUGCACAGGGAGGCGGCAGAGCUGGAAGGCCGGCUCGGCGCCCAGGCCAGGGGGCUGCAGCGGCAGGACGACAGGCACAGCAUCCUGCAGGCCCAGCUGCUCGCCGGGCGCAGGGCGGAGGCCGCCUGCCGCCGAGCGCUGCACGCGCUCGAGGCGCAGAAGGCGACCGCCCUGGAGGGGUUGCGCGCAGGGCCCGGUGGCCGCAUUGAUGGGCUGCGCGACACACUUGCAGAGCUGGCACAGUGGCUGAGGGCAGCGCGGGAGGAGGGCCGGCUGGCAGGGCGCAGGGCGACGACGAAGCAGCGCAAGUCCCUCCUGGCCUCCCGCCUCGCCCAGCUGGAGGGGAGGCUGGAGGAGGCCCGGGCCUGUGCGGCCAGGCACGGGGCCGACCUGGAGCGGCUGCUUGCGGCGGCGGGGGCCUCAGAUGCGCGGCUGGCGGCGGUGGGGGCCAGCGUGAGCGCCGCGCUGGGCCUGCUGCUCGCGGACCAGCGGGAGAGGGAGGAGGCGCUGCGUGCCGUCCGAGACGAGCGGACCGCGCUGCGCGCCCAGGUGGCGCGGGAGGCGCGGCGCGGGGAGCGCCUGGCCCUGGAGCUGGAAAGGACGAUCGCGCGACGGGCCGUCGUCUGCGACAAGGCGCGGCCAGGGGGGUGA